GGCAAGUGGUCUCCCUUUUGUCGCCCAUUGAUGGAGAUAUUGCAGUGGGAAUCAGGCCAUGACUGACUGCUGCCUCGGCCUUUGCAAUAGCCCCAGGCCUGGUUCCAAGGGCACUGCCUCCGUACCGAAGGCGAUGGUUUGUAUUGUUCUGCCCGAGGCCGGGUACCAGACGCCGACGCCGGGGUGAGCGGCCCCGGCCCCGGCCCCGUUGCUAAGGCACAUAAUGCCCGCCAAAGAUCCCUGCAAAAAACAAGCCUGUGAAAUACAGAAAUGUCUAAAAGCUCACCACUAUCAAGAAAGCAAAUGUCAACACGUGAUCCAAGAUAUGCAUAGGUGCUGUAAGAUACAUGCAAAAGCGUCAGUGUGCUGUUCGGGUUUUUUGAAAAAGAGCUGAUGGCUAUUCGCUGGCUGUAAACCCUGGUUUCAGCACGCCGUGUCAGAUUAUCCCAGGACAGCAGGAAACUAUAAAUCAGAAUAACAUGACAAUCCAGGAUCAGCAAUUGGGGAUCACGAGUGCAGUGAUGUCUUGAAAUUUGUUUCCAGUCAAAUAUUAAAUCAUAAUGUGUUGCCAUUUUGUAUGUUUACUCCAUUAUGUAUUAAAAUUGUAGAUGGCCAUCAACAAUGCAUUAAUUCUUGGUAAGCUUUACUGAAUGGAUUAAGAAUGUUUUAUUGCCACAUAUUCUGAAAUGGAACAAUUAAAUUCUUACUUGCAACAGA